GCUCCCCUGCUCUCUGCACACCCGGGCUCUGCCCUCCCCUCCCCCACCUCCCUCUGAGGUCUUGUGGGGGACCCGCCCCGUGUGUCGGUCAAAGCUUCAUGGUGGGUAUGGGAAGUAGCUAGCAACCCACCUGGCCGCCCUCGCUUUGCUUUCGAAUUAUCCGCGGGGCAGUUCUGCAGGGAUCGCGCUGGUCAGCACUGCUAAGAGCGUAUCUGGAACCCGAGCCCUGCUGCGGAGCUCCUGGUGGCCGGACUCUGAGGCGCUGCGGCAAGGCCGCCGCGCGUCCCUGUCAGCCCUUACCAUGAAUACCAUCGUCUUUAACAAGCUUGGGGGAGCUGUGAUUUUUGACGACCGAGGCACCCCAGAUCGGGAACGUGGCAGCCGGCCAUACGGCGGCGUCCUGGACAAUCCACAUACAGGCCCGGAGGUGGGCAUUCCAGACGGCCCGCCCCUCAAGGACAACCUCAGCCUGAGACACCGGAGGACCGGGGCGAGGCCUGGAGGGAAGGUGAGGCACAAGCGACAGGCCCUGCAAGACAUGGCGCGGCCGCUUAAGCAGUGGCUUUACAAGCACCGUGACAACCCGUACCCUACGAAGACUGAGAAGAUACUCUUGGCUCUAGGCUCGCAGAUGACGCUAGUGCAGGUGUCAAAUUGGUUCGCUAAUGCUAGACGACGGCUGAAGAACACUGUCCGGCAGCCGGAUUUAAGUUGGGCCUUAAGAAUAAAGUUGUACAACAAGUAUGUUCAGGGCAACGCCGAGCGGCUCAGUGUGAGCAGUGCGGAUGACUCCUGCUCUGAAGAUGGAGAAAAUCCCCCAAGAACUCACAUGAACGAAGAGGGCUAUAGCACCCCUGCCCACCACACUGUGAUUAAAGGGGAGAGCUCAGCGAUAAAAGCUGGUGGGAGACCGGAGUCAAGGGCAGCUGAGGACUAUGUGUCACCGCCCAAGUAUAAGAGCAGCUUGUUGAACCGUUACCUUAACGACUCUUUGAGACAUGUCAUGGCCACCAGCACUGCCAUGAUGGGGAAAACAAGGCGAAGGAACCAUUCGGGGUCUUUUAGCUCGAACGAAUUUGAAGAAGAACUGGUGUCUCCAUCAUCAUCAGAAACUGAAGGCACCUUUGUCUAUCGCACAGACACCCCAGACAUUGGAUCUACUAAGGGUGAUAAGGGUGACAGCACUGCUAACAGAAGGGGGCCGAGCAAGGAUGACACACACUGGAAGGAGAUCAACGCAGCCAUGGCCUUAACAAACCUCGCCCAGGGAAAAGACGAAGCGCAGGGGACGACCACCAGUUGCAUCAUCCAGAAGUCUUCCCACAUAGCAGAAGUAAAGACAGUCAAGCUGCCACUGGUGCAGCACUUCUAGAGUGGCCAGGGAGUGCUGGGCUUGUCAGUGGGUUUGUUUGUUUGUUUGUUGUUUGUUGUUUGUUGUUUGUUUUUUACCGUAAUCCUCAUCCUAAGAGCCAAAGCAGGGGUGAAGAGGACUCCCAUUUAAACCUCCUGAGUUCAACUAUCCUAAAUAUAUCCGUUGCUUCUAUAAAAAGAUGUAUAAGUUAUAAAAAUUCAUUUUAGUCAAAAAUAUUAACUUAUUUUAUGUUACUGAAACUAUGCAUAAAGCGUCUGCAUUGCCAUUACAGUAAGUGCCUUGCUUCCCUGAGGUAAGCUCCAACGUGGGCACAGUGGAGCGCUGUGCCUCAAACUGUCAACGCCAAUACUUGCUAGACUACAUCACUCCAGACUGGCCCAGGACUGAAGCCAAUCGCGGAAAGCUCCCGAAACAAACUCAGUCAUUCACACGUUCAAACUUGGAGAUCUGUUCAGCCCAGAUGAGGUGAUCUUUUAUUUGCCUUUUAAUGCCUUCAGGACUGGAAACUGUUCUUUGUGUUUUCCAGGGCGAUGGUGAGAGUUUUAUGUGUGGGUUUUGUUUGCAUAGGCUAGCGCAUCCAAAAUGGAAGGCCCAGCAGGGCCACGUGAUGCGUAUGUUUAAGAAGGGAUGUUUUCAAAUCGGUUUAACAUUGCCAGAGUAUAUUGUCGUGAGGAUUUGUUUUCCCAAGCACUGUUGGAAAGUAUCCCAAAGCCCUUUACAACUAAUUGGGAUUUUUUUUCCUGAGGUUUUAAAAAGAACCUUAUUAUAUAAAUCUUUGAAUUUUUUCCUGAGGAAAACUAAACCUAAAGUUUAGUUUUAAAUUAUAAUCUUGUUUGCACUAGAGCUCAGGGUUCCUUUGUGAUGGAAGCAGCUUUCAUAUGGAGUAACUAAAAGCGUUUUAUUUGGUUCAUUUCUUUUUUUAACGGAUUUUUUUUUUUUUUUCGGAGCUGGGGACCGAACCCAGGGCCUUGCGCUUCCUAGGUAAGCGCUCUACCACUGAGCUAAAUCCGCAGCCCCUUAUUUGGUUCAUUUCAAAUCCCAGUUCAGAUGGACAAUUUGUAUUGCAAUGAGAACAAGACAACGAAGAAAAUAAUCUGUGUGUGUGGAUAUACAUAUACAUGCAGAAGGAUUAAUGUUUAAAAUUUAAAGCGUAUGGGUAACAAAACAUGAAUGGUCUCUGAUUUUUGCCAAGCAGGACAUUCAAGUAAAAAUUAAGUGAAAUCUUGAGUCGAAAGGAAGAAAGUCUUAUUUCUAAAUGUCACUACCACAGAGUGAGAGUAAUGGAUAUCAAGGAAGAAGAGUGUCUUUUCCAUCAAACAAUAACGUCCUCCCCAGCUUCGGAAGACUGCGAACGGAAGGGAUGUGGAGACGCCCAAUAGAAAAGGAAAUCUGGAGAUGCCUUAAUGUAGGAGAGCAAAGGUUUAACGGCAAACUAGGCUCUUGGGGGAAGGGCAUUUUUUCUGGAUAUGUGAUAUAUUUUGUAAUUGGUUUAGGCUGGAAAACAUUUUUGCAAGUGUGAAUGACAUCUGGUUUCACCGCACACACUGACAUUUUUUUCUUCAUUUUACAAAACGCUUUUUACCCUGAAGGUUAAUCUGGUUGCUCAGCAGACACGACGGCCUCGAUGGCCAUCGUAGGACACUUUCUCCUGUAUCAUAGCAUAGUGGGGUGGGGGUUAUCUAGUGUAAUGAAGAUAAUUUGAUAUGAAAAUAUUUUGUAUGUAUAUUUUUACUUUGUUUUCUUAAGUGCCGUUGGCAGUUGCAGUAAGCCCUAGGUGAGAUGUGUAAGUGCUGACUGUAUGAGUGGAUGAAGUAUUGGCUUCUUCUGGUGCAUCCUUGAUACUGGGAUGCGAAGUGGGAGUCACUACAAAACAAGCCUGCCCAGAUGUAUGCGAGGCAGUGAGAAACAAGAAUGAAUACUUCACUCCUUUUCAUACUAUUAUAAGUUAUUCUGGUAUUAAAUAUUUUAAUAAAAAUGUUCUUGUUUUAACAUGUUGCAAUUAGAUAAGUGAACUCUGGGUUGUAUUUUAUUUGAAAUUGUCAUGUUUUAUUUUUUUCUGUCCUUUGGGGGAAAAUUCAGCUAAUUUGUUCUGUAUUAUGAACACAACCAAUGAGAGGAUACUAUCCCAUAAUUUCUGUAAAGUAACAAAGCUUGGAGUCUGGCCUAUGCACACAUGAAAAAUAGGUAAUUAGCAUAUUCUGGGCAAUGUCUCCAAUUGCAAUCAUUUUGAAUUUAUUAUUUUUCUUGUGUUGCUGUUGUUUUAUCUGGAAAUCAGAGUCCCUUGUCCCUCAAAAGAACCUUGAACAAUGCCAAGCCAGCAGCCGAGAGAGAGAGCUUGGCUGACAUGUAAUUUAUAUGAAAGAGAAAGAGACUUGCUCUCAUUUUACAGUUGUAUUUGAAUAAAAUUAAAAUCUGUCAGGAGUUCUUGACAGAUUUAAAAUAAAAGUUCAUUUCUAGA